AACAGGUGCAAAGUGACUAUAGGUGGUGCUGAUCGUUCACGUUGUCUUGUUGUCGUUUUGUCAAAGGCAGAAAGGUGGGAUUACUAUCGCGGUUUUCAUCCUUAUUUCGUUCUGAAAGCAGGAUAGUGAAUUUUCAUAAUGUAUCAGGUUCAUUUUAAGGAAGACGUGCCGUACGAUGAUACAUAUGGGCUGCACACUGGAGAUCCACAACAAGAUUUAGAAUAUGAGAAACAGAGACAACAUUCAUCUCUCGUACCAGAAGCUGUGCAAAGCUUUCUUCAAUUUUUCCAAAAAGCUAUAAAUGAACAAGAUAUAUUUGAGAUUGAAAAUCAUUACGAGAAUGGUUGGAAUCGUUUGACUGAGAGAAUGUAUAGAACAGAUCCUUGGCCAGAAGCGGAAUUGAUUGAGAAAAUUGUCAAUCACGAUUCCUUGUUUCUGAUUCUAUACAAGGAGUUAUAUUAUCGACACAUUUACGCGAGAGUUUCUCAAGGUCCGGAUCAGGAUCAGAGAUUCAAAUCUUACUACAAUUAUUGUGAUCUAUUCAACUAUAUACUGAAUGCUGAUUCACCUGUUCCACUGCAGCUUCCAAACCAAUGGUUGUGGGAUAUCAUUGAUGAAUUUAUUUAUCAGUACCAAACAUUCAGUCAAUACAGAAGCAAAAUGAGUAAGAAGACAGAAGAGGACAUUGAGAUUUUAAAGAGUAGUCCAAAGAUAUGGAACGUUCAUAGUGUUCUGAAUGUUUUGCAUUCUCUUGUCGACAAGUCAAGAAUCAAUGAACAGUUGGCAGCGUACAAUAAUGGCGCAGAUCAAGAGACAGUUUUGAAAAUUGGAGGAGAGUUUGGUGCAUCGCCAAUGUACAAGAUGCUGGGAUAUUUCAGCAUUAUCGGUUUGUUGAGACUACAUAGUCUACUUGGAGAUUAUCACCAAGCCCUUUCUGUCAUGACGAACAUUGACAUUUCUAAAAAGAGUUCAGUCAUGGCCAGAGUACCUGAAUGUCAGAUCACAACUUACUAUUAUAUUGGAUUCUCAUAUCUGAUGAUGAGAAGGUAUCAAGAUGCUAUAAACACCUUCUCAAGCAUAUUAACCCACAUACAAAGGACAAAAAACUCUUUGCAACAACGUUCCAGUCAAUUCAAGAUUGAUAUGAUUUCCAAACAAACCGAUCAGAUGUACAAUCUCUUAGCAAUAUGUGUAACUCUUUAUCCAGUUAGAAUUGAUGAAUCUCUUUCGAGACAAAUGAUAGAAAAAACUGGCGAGGAAAAAAGAGCCAGAAUGCAGAGGGGGGAGAAAGGGGCUUUUGAAGAGGCAUUUUCAUUUGCUUGUCCCAAGUUUGUUUCUCCUGUGGCACCAAAUUAUGGAGCUGGUCCUGUCAACCUUCACAAGGAACCCAUGAACCAUCAGCUCGCGGUUUUCCUUGAAGAAGUUGACCAGCAAGCACUGUUGCCAACAAUCCGUAGUUAUUUGAAAUUAUAUUCUACAAUGCCUGUGGAUAAACUUGCGGAUUUCCUGGACAUGCCACCACAUGACCUCAGAGCCGAGCUUAUGUGUCUGAAGCACAAAAUGAAGAACAGUCAGUCUGACACUCAAACAUCACAAGAACAAAAUCAACUUGAAGUUGACUUCUACAUUGAUGGGGAUAUGAUACAUAUAGCAGAUACAAAAAUUGAACGAGGAUAUGCUGACUAUUUCAUAGAGCAGAUUCUCAACUUUGAAAAGCUCAACAAGCAUGUAUCUGCCUUAAGAUGAAGCAUUGAAAAUACUAGUUGAGAUGCCGGCACAAGUGGCCACAGAGAUGUUACUUAAUAUUUUUGGAGUGUUUGGGAAUAAAGUGUAAAAUAUUGUAGUUACGAUAGAUGUGAAGAUUUUAUUCCCUAGAAUUUAAAAGGCUGGGAAUAAAGAUCAAUUGAAACCAG